GUCGGAUCAGCAGUGCUCCACAUGUUCCGUAUGCUACUAGAUACCCUGUAUUACUUCCAAGAGAGCAUCGCAUAACUUAUCUUCUUGUGCACGAAUUCCAUAAACGAUUUCUCCACGCGAACGGCGAAACAGUCUGUAAUGAACUACGACAGCAGUUUUAUGUACCGAAGCUUCGGGUACUCGUACGGAAAGUGAGCCGAGAGUGUCAGCACUGUAAAAUACAAAGGGCUAGACCAGUACCACCACUGAUGGCUCCGUUGCCAAAAGUACGUCUAACGCCCUUCAUUCGACCCUUCACAUUCGUGGGCGUCGAUUAUAUGGGACCGUUCCUGGUCAAGAUUGGGCGCAGUAGCGUUAAACGGUGGAUUUGUCUCUUCACCUGUUUAACAAUUCGCGCAAUUCAUCUGGAGCUGGUACAUAGCCUUUCAACAGCCUCAUGUAUAAUGGCUUUCCGGAGAUUCGUGGCUAGAAGGGGUGCACCAUCGGAGGUCUUCUCGGACAAUGGCACCAACUUUGUGGGUGCUAAUCGGCAGUUAGCGGAGGAAAAGAGGAAGCUCGAUAAGAUAAACGAGGGUUGUGCAUCCACGUUCACCAAUGCGCAAACUCAAUGGCAUUUCAACGUUCCAGUUGCUCCCCACAUGGGAGGUCCAUGGGAACGCAUGGUACGAUCCGUCAAAGUGGCGAUGCGAGCUAUAUCGGAUAAUCCUCGGCAUCCCAGCGACGAAGUGAUAGAAACUAUUAUGUUAGAGGCUGAAGCGAUUGUAAAUUCUCGUCCACUAACCUACGUACCACUUGAGGACGUACACCAAGACGCACUUACACCAAAUCAUUUUUUGAUGUACGGAUCGACUGGCAUUAAGCAACCUACAACGAAGCCUGAUUGUGAUGGAAACGUACUCCGGGACAGUUAUAAAUUGACACAACGUAUCGUGGACGGUUUCUGGAGCAGAUGGACGCGGGAGUAUCUUCCGAUGUUGACUAGACGAACAAAAUGGUUUGAACCAACAAAACCCUUGGAACCUGGAGACUUGGUAGUAGUUGUUGACGAGAAUUCGAGGAACAGCUGGGAAAGAGGCCGAAUUUUGGAGACGUAUCCAGACAAAUCAGGACAAGUGCGGCGAGCAAAAAUACAAACAUCUAGAGGAGUCUUCAGCAGACCUGCUGUGAAGCUGGCAGUUCUCGACGUUGCCGUUCAGGAUAAGAACCUGGAAGAUGUCCCUAGGGAAUCGGAAGUAGUUCACGGGGCGGGGAAUGUUGGCGGUACCCCUCGUUGCGGCACGCAGAGAGUGAAGCAACUUACCGUUCCCUCGGACGAGUCGGUGUAAAGAUGCGGGUUGACAGAAUUCGUAUGUCACUGUCAGAAUUCGUUUAUCAGAACCUGUAUCAUGAAUCAGCAAUAAUAUUGAACUAUAUCCACGAGUGAGUUGUUGCAAUAGUUGGUUUUUCGAAAGUUUAAAUAUUGGAUUCCUAAGUAGCUCAUUAGUAGUCGUGCGUGAAUUAAAGCUGAAUUUAGGGUACGUUUUGCCUGAAAUGAAAACAUUAUACUCACCUUAACCUUGAAUCAUAUGAACACCUGUAGAUUUCCCGUUAAUUGAUGAUCGUCGAUAAGAUUGUCCUUCGCGGUAGAUUGUCCGCAGUUAGCAGUAAAACACUGAAAUUGUAAGAAGCCCCUCAUACUUACC